AUGAUCUCGCCAUCCCUGGACCAGCAACAUCCAGAUAUUGCCUUUGCGUUGAUACAGCCGCUGGCAGGACUGGACAAUUUGCUCACUCCGAACAAUACGGCACCGCUGGCCUUUGAUAAUGUGGACCUGAGCUAUGGCCGCUGGGAUGGCCAGCAUUUGUACAAGAUCAAGGACUUUGCGCUGCUGGGCGAACAGUACAGGGCGUCCUCCGAGAGCAGUUUGGUCUGCCUCGCCACGCAGACCUCGGUGGAGCGCCUGAACUCGCUGCCUCAGGUCUCCGCCAACUGGCACGGACCGAUGUCGGUGGCCGUGUUCGCUGCCAGCCACGAGGAAUUCGUUAUCCUGCAAUACUUUGUGACCUAUAUGCGGCUAUGUUUCCCCAACAUCAGGGAGAACGCCACGUUCCACCUGCUGACUCCGCCCGACUACGAAAAGCUGCCCCGACUCGUAUCCAUUGCGUUCAACAUGCGCGGCAAAUUCGACUGCCAGUAUCCCGACAGAACGUUGAAGGCACUGCUGAAACUGCGCAGCUUGAAGAGCCUGCAGUGGCGCCAAAGGAAUCCCUAUCCCCAGAAUCACAUGAGAAAUCUGGCCCGCAAGGGCUGCCAGACAAAAUACACUUUCCUCACCGACAUCGACAUUGUGCCCAGCACGAACAGUGUGCCGCUGCUCAACCAGUUCCUGAAAACCGCCAAUUGCUCAAAGAACUGCGCCUACGUUAUACCCACAUUCGAGAUAGACGUGCGAGCCUCAUUUCCUCGCUCAAAGUAUGGCCUGCAGAGGCUAAUGAAGAAGGGCCUGGCGCGCCCAUUUCACGAGAAAGUUUUCAUCUACAAUCAGUACGCGACAAAUUUCAGCAAAUGGUUAUCUUCGAACACAAACGACACGGAGGUCUCCAUAAGUCACAUUGUUACAAACUUUGAAUUUUUAUAUGAACCAUUUUACAUAGCAAUCGACAGUGCGCCGGCACAUGACGAACGAUUCACGGGCUAUGGCUUCACCAGGAACUCCCAGGUGUAUGAAAUGCAUAUUGCUGGCUAUAAGUUCUAUGUGCUGACGCCUGUCUUCACUGGCCAUUGGGGCUUGCAGCGGAAGCAGGCGAGACCCGCCUGGCGGGAGCAGCAGAACAAUGUGAAUCGCAGAAAGUUUGAUGUUUUCAAGAGCGAAAUAUUCUUGCGCUACAAAAAUGAUCCACGGCUGCUGUUGCAGUCCAAGAAAAAUCAAAUUUUAAUCAAAUAAAUUC